CUCUAACCUGAGCGUUCAACAGGACGGCUCCAGGACCUAUCAGAUAUGUUCUUUUAAAAUAUGUAUUGCAUUUACUUAUCCUGUUUUUGCCUGUCCUGUCAUAAGAUAUAUUAAAGCGAGACAUUAUUUUCACACUGAGAAGAAAACUUCUUAUAUGUGGCAAAGUAUACAAAUAAAAAGCCUUGUAGACAGGGAAGGGAACAUUUAAGGUUUUCUUCUUUUCUUUCUCUUGCCAAGUGGAGCUAUUUGAAGUACUUAGUGACUUAUCUGCAGAAGACAGGUGUCAGGCAUGUCUCAGUUUGGAAAGGGAGAGGAUGGGGAGAAUUCUGAUGAGGUAAACCGUGCCAUCAAACUCUAAAAUGGGGAGAAAUGCAUGUUUCCCACUGCAUGCAGCUUAUGCAAAUAAGUUGUAGUAAUUUGAAAUGGCCCUUAGCUGAUAGGGGAAUACAUAUAUCUCUUUAACAUUUUUGUGUGUGGGUGGAGCUGUAGGUUGAGACCUGCUGCCUCAGCUCUCAUUCUCAGAGUUGUUGCGGAGGGGAAAACAACACCAGGAAACAACUACAGGAAAAUGAAUCCACUUUUUUUCCGUAAAUUUGUAUUUUUUUGGUAUUGCUUCAUUGCAAAUCAGUGCUUUAGGCUGUGAGUUGCAAUUAGUCUAAUAAAUACGUUUGUCUUUUAAAUCUGCCUCCUUCGUGCGCUCCGUGGCAAAUGUUGCUCCAGAGGAGAGCUGCGUGGUUUUCCUGUUGGAAAGUGCGCGCAAGGAGCGCGCAGACGUCGUGCUCCUCGUUGCUCUGAAGAGGAAACUUGCUCCAAAAAGUUGUCUAUAUGGCGUUUCAAAAUGACAGACUCUAACCCGAGCAACGAAAGCAACUAUGGGCUGUUUUUCGACCAAGCGUUUAACGGAUCUGCUCUGGAGCUCCUCUCCACAAACACCAGCAUCACAACAUGCAGGAACUUCACCAUGGACCCGCAGGUCAUCGGCGUCGGGAUCUUCCUCUCCGUGUUUAUUUUGGUGGCAAUUAUUGGGAAUAUUCUUGUCAUCCUCUCCGUGGUUUGUAACAAACAGUUGCAGACUGUCACAAACUUCUUCAUUGUGAACUUGGCUAUGGCAGACCUGCUGCUGAGCAUCAUCGUGCUGCCCUUUUCUGCGUCUUUGGAGGUGCUGGGAUGUUGGAUGUUUGGCCGCGUUUUCUGUAACGUUUGGGCAGCCGUGGAUGUGCUCUGCUGCACAGCCUCCAUCCUCAGCCUCUGCAUGAUCUCCAUCGACCGGUACAUCGGGGUGAAGCACUGCCUCAAAUACCCCAGCAUCAUGACUGAGAGGAGGGCAGUGGCGAUCCUGGUGCUGGUUUGGGUCUCAUCCUUGGUCAUCUCCGUGGGACCGCUCCUGGGGUGGAAGGAGCCGCCGCCGGUGGACGAGAGCAUCUGCAGGAUCACGGAGGAGCCCGGUUACGCGCUCUUCUCCUCCCUCUUCUCCUUCUACCUCCCGCUUUUGGUCAUCCUCAUCAUGUACUUUCGGGUGUACGUGGUGGCCCGCAGGACUACAAAGAGCCUGGAAGCGGGAGUCAAGCGGGAGAGAGACAAGUCUGUGGAAGUAGUGCUGCGCAUCCAUUGUCGCAGCGUGCUGGGGGACGCGCGCCCGGACAGCUCCAAGAGCAGCAAGAACCACCCGUUCCGAAGUUCGCUCUCAGUGCGCCUCAUGAAGUUCUCCAGGGAGAAAAAAGCAGCAAAAACCCUCGCAGUCGUGGUGGGGAUGUUUAUUGUCUGCUGGCUGCCCUUUUUUCUCUUUCUACCAAUCGGUUCCUUCUUCCCAGCCCUGAAACCGCCUGAAACUGUGUUCAAAGUGGUCUUUUGGCUGGGAUACUUCAACAGCUGCAUCAACCCAAUGAUCUACCCCUGCUCCAGCAAGGAGUUCCAGCGAGCAUUCACUCGGCUGCUCAAAUGCCAAUGCCAUCAAAAGCGGAGGGUCCUGCGUCGCUUCUACGACCAGAGGUGGCGGACAGCUGUGAAAGGAAUGGCAAAGGAUCAGAGGCGAGAGUACACACCUGGCUAUGCCGUGCAUGAAUCAUGCAGCAGCUCUUUGUUGCAUAAGAAGAAAGGCCGCUCACUCGGUUUAAAGCGAUGGAGCCUGUUUCCGCCUCUGCAGAACUCCUCCUUCCAGUUUAAGGAAAAAGUGAACAAUCUGUCCAACAAGAUCAAGGGAGGGACCGGGAAAGGAGCUACACCUGGAGGGGGCAGGAGGGACACCGUGGACACAGUUUCGAUGGGAAUCUGUAAUUCUUGUGAGCAGGGCAGUUUUCAGUUCUACGAUCUGGCAGAAUGUCACGGCCUGAAAGAGACCGACAUUUAGAGUUCCCCCUGCAGAGAUUUAUUUAUAUUUAAAGAGGCCAUCUUGACUAUUGUGCAAAUAAGACUGUGAUAAGUCACAAUUGUGUGAAACUCUUCUUCAGAUGAAAUAUUUUGUGAAAGUCAGGUUGUUGAGGUGAUUGCAAUGGUGGCAGACCCAUCAGAAUGACUGCUGUCCUUUUAAGGCACUAUGUGUCUGUAUCUUAAUAAAAUAAAAGUGUUUUGAUGAAAUACAAAAAAAGGAAAAACUAGGAAAAAAUGCACAAAUUCAUUUAACUUUAUUUCCUUUUAAUUAAAUAGAAAUUACUGAUUUCAACUGUUAGCCUGACGACCCUAUGUUUAAAAUGACAUUUAAUACUUUUCUUUCUGACUCAAAGAUAGUAAAGCAUUUUAUUGACAAAACUGAUGAGUGCAAUUUCUUUUGUUUGUAUCAAAUCACACUGGAUAGAAUUUGAUCAUGUGCAUUUAUUCACAUUUUGAGGUUUUUGUGAUGAAGAAAACUGGGAAAGAAUUUGAAAAUACUUUACUUGAUUUAUUUUGUUGGAUUAAUGGGGGGAAAUAAAACAAUUUUUGUAAAUCCAAUUAAGAUCUAAUGUGAAAUACGUGUACUUUUUUGAUGCUAUGAUAAUGACAAAUAAAAGGCUAAAUUUAAAAAA